GCCGAACCUUCCUCCGUAAUAAGAAGCGACGCAGCCCCGCGGUCCUGGCUCCGAGGGGCCGGUGGGAAAGGUCCUGGGCGCUGGAGCUGCUGUGGCUCCCGCCGCGGCGGGUGCGAUGGAGGCCGUGCCGGAGCCCAGUACUCAGGCCGGGGGAGGACGAGCCAGCCCGCGGUGCUGGUAGAUGAGGCGGCGGAGGUGGCGGUGUCAGCCCGGGCUCUCCAUGAGCAAGCGGCGGCGGCGACGGGUGCGGCGGCACCGGCGGUUAUCGGUCCCCGGGGAGGAUGAAGACACUGUUUGAAGAGAUCAAAGCAUCAAUUAGAAAUAAUUAUAACCAAGAUCGAUCAUUUUGGAGGCCUGUUCUUCCUUGGGGAGGUGUUUUUACUAUCAAAGCUGGCCGCAAAGCAGUAUCCUGUACACCACUGUAUGUUGAAAUAAGACUGAAAAAUACCUGCACCAUAGAUGGAUUUCUGAUGUUGUUGUAUGUCAUUCUGAAUGAAAAUGAAAAUUUCCCCAGGGAACUCUCUCUUCAUCUCGGUAGAGAGUUUGUAGACUGUUUUCUUCACUUAAUGGACACCUACAGCUUUACAACUGUGAAGCUACUUUGGAUUUGGGACAAGAUGGAAAAACAGCAAUACAAAUCUGAAGUUCACAAAGCAUCAUUAAUAAUUGAUUUAUUUGGGAAUGAGCAUGAUAACUUUACCAAAAAUCUGGAAAACCUUAUGUCUACCAUUCAAGAGAGUUACUGUUCCAACUGGCGAUGCCCAACUCGAGUGCAAGAAGAUCAGCAGCGCACAAUCAACAUAAAUCCUCCCCAAGAAAUUCCACAUGGAAACUUAAUACGACUGGCUGUAGAUGAACUAUUCUGUUCCAAGAUUGAACUGUGUGAAGAGCGUGGUUGUGGUGGCUUAAGAGAAUUUGCCCAGCGAAUUUUCUGUCACGGGGCACCCCCUUUUGUUGUCUUAAAUAUGCAGCACUGGAAAUCUGAAGAUCUGGCAUAUGUACCCUAUUACUUGGAUCUAUCUGAUCACAAAUAUUUAUUGGAAGGCGCAACAUUAUUUAACAAAGAUGAACAUCAUUAUUCUGCAGCUUUCCAGAUUGAUGGACAUUGGAUGCAUUAUGAUGGCCUCAGAAAUGUGAAUUUAAUUUUGUUAAAUAAACCCCCAGAGUUUCUCCUCUUGUCAUCAUUGGUUUAUAUUCGAGCAACAGAGAAAUAAAUAUAGACUGAUGCUAAAUUAAAUUGUUUUCCCUCCUACCCAUGCUCCUCCAGAUCUGAAGGGCUUUUAUUUUAUGUACACUUGGUAUCCAAGGAAAUAGUUUAACUAUACUAGUUUCAGAGCUGUAUUUUCCAGUGUUUGGCUCCGGGAAAAAAAAUUAUAUAGAGGAUCUAUGCAAAAAUAUUUGUAUUUCUUUUUUAUAUAACCUGGGUUAUUUUUAUAUAAACAUAUUUUAUGUUAAUAAAAUAUAUCUUGUGGCCUUUGUAUUUUUAUUUAUGUGUACCUCAGAGAUUUUUACAGUUUUGUUGUAAAGUCUAAGGAAUACUGUAUCAUUUUUCUUUUUGGAUUUCCAAGUAAAACAUGUUAAAUGUCAGUAUUUCAGUUUAUAUAAAUUUUAAUAGUUCAAAAGUAUCUUUCUUUACCCUACCUCACUAUUAACCAAAGUGCACUACUGGAUUUAGUAUGGAUUUGAAUGUACAACCUAUAGAUGGCCUAGCCUAUUUUACUUGUUGAUUUACCUAAUUCUUCCCUUCAGCAAUUUUUAAAAUUAUUUGAUAAAGUUAUUUUGUGGACUUAAACUGUUUCACUAAGGUGGCAAAUUUAACUACUUCCUAAGGUAUUACAAACCUGCCAGUGAAGUGUUAAUUAAGCUUUCUAACUUAAUAUUAUGAAUAAAUUAUGUAACUAUCCUAAAUAUGUAACUCAUGCAUAAAUUUAAUCUCUAAUGAGCAUUUUGCAGGUAAGGCAGCUAUAAAGACGUUAGGUAACUGGAUGUUUACUACUGUUGGACUAACAGUAGAAAUGUAUGCUUAAUGCAGGUGUAAGAGGAAAAUGGAUUCAAGGAUAUAUUUCUUUUUAUAUUUUAUAUAUACACACAAAAGAAGUACUAAAUUUUUGGAGUAACAUCUGCUGUGUAUCUUGUAGUUAGUAAUUGAGAGCCCUGAUUUGCAAAGUAAGUAGUUUUAUAGUUACCAAAAUGCUGGGUUUUUUUUAAAAAAAAAAAAAACACCUUAAGACAGCUCUUCCUUUUGCAAUUUAAGGGAAAAAAAAUAGAUUCUGAAGGGAAACUGAUUUUUGAAAUAUAUCACUAUAUUUUAGUGUUUAUAUUUCAAUUAAGUAGUCUGCUUUAGAUUUUUAAUUAAAAUUAAGUGCAAUAUUAGAGAAACUUCAUAACAAUACAUUUCACUGCCAUAUACCAAAUUGCUAAAAUCUCAUUCAAGGUGCCAUGUUGAGAUUACUGUAUCAGAGAAUGGAUAAAUGUGGGUGAAAUGUUGCUGGGAAUGCAUCUCUUUUUGUAAAUACUACGGAAGUUUCUUUUUUACAUAAGAUCAAAAAAUAUUUUACAGAAAAUAUUAAUAUUUCACCAAGGAUGUGUUUUAUCUAGUUCUCCACAUGUGUUAAACUUUUCUUGGGACAUAUUAACUGCAUGAAUUAAAAUGUACAAAAACUAUAAAUAUUAGCAUACAAAAAAAAAGACUGUUCUUAAGAGAAUUAUUCCGAAUGAAGAUUUAUUCUUUUCAGAAUCAUGCUUUAUUUGGGAAUAAUAUUAGUUUUAUCGCAAAUAAUGACUCACCUACCUCACAGGGUUGUUGUGAGGAUUAAGAUGUUUGUUAAAAUCUUGACUACCUUGAACAUGCUAAUAAAAACCAUUUUUUCUACCUUU